AUGAGAAAUAGAAGACUGAAAAAAACCAUCGUCGAAUUGAAUUUUUUUCAAAGUAAUAUCACGGAUGAGCAAACUAUUCGUCGACAACGAUACGCAACCCGCGUCUAUAUCAUUUUGUAUGCUCUGACUGUUUUUGGUAUCGGCCUAUUUGCUGCCUUUAGUCCACAAUCAAUCAAUGACGUCGUAUACUUUCCAACAAAUCUUCAAUUUAACAAAUUGAUGAGAAAAUAUUCGACUACAAUUCAAUGUUUAUGUUCAAAAAUUGGUAUCGCUUAUGAAACAUUUGUACAUGUUGAUGUUCAAUUUCAUCAAGUUUGUUCAAGUCGUUUUGUUCAGAAAACUUGGAUCGAUUCAAUUAUGCAACAACAAUAUCAACAGUCUAAUAUUCGAUAUCAUUUAGCGUAUUUUUGGCAAAUUAUCGCUGAUUUUUGUCAUAUAAGUAAUCAAACAUGGAUUGAUAUUGUCAUCAAUUUUGGUCAAUCGUAUAUUCUCAGUCCAAUAGCACUCAAUGAACAAGUUGUUCAAAGUCAAACUAAGAUGGCACUUUAUAAUUCGAUCUCAUUAGCUAAAACUAUUCUCAAACGUGAUUUACUUGUGAUUCAACGAACUACCAUCGAAAAUCAGUUCAUAUCUGGUCUGACAACAAAUUUCUAUUUAGGUUAUUUAUCAAAUACUUCUCAAUCUAGUCAUGAUCCACAAAUGAUACCAAGAAUAUACAACAAUUGUUCUUGUUUAAAUCGGCAUGGUUGUCCACAUUCAGUUGUGAUUAAUACGAAUUCUAAUGACUCGAUUCCUGGAAUGAUUGCUGACUGUUACAUGACUGAUGCAACAUUACGUUCAACACUUGAAUGUUAUUAUAAUUCCACAUGCUUUUCUCAAUUACAUCAACAAUUAAGUGUCGGGAUAGAAUUAUUAUCUGGUAAAGCAAAUAAAUAUUUUUUGACAAAUUCAACAGUACAGAUGCUGAUUGAUGAUAUUAUGAUUGAUGAUUUGAAUAUUAAGAUUUUGUUCGAAUCAUUUUAUCAACAAUGUCGACCAGCUCGAUGUUUUUACAGUUAUACAAAAUACUUCUCACUGAUCUAUAUCACCAUGACCAUUAUCGGUAUGUUUGGUCCAAGUGCAUUCAUACUGAAAUUGCUGGUGCAUUUUGUCGUGAAAUUUCUAUCACGUGAUAAAAACCAAGAGGCCAAUACGAACGAACGAUCGUUAGGAAUGAUAAUGCGUCUUUAUCAAUAUCUCAUAAAAUUUUUUGACUAUAUUCGAUGUUUGCCAACCAAAGUCUUUCAACUUCUAAGCACUUUAAAUCUCUUUUCAACACAACAACAAGACACAGAAACAACUGACGAUAUUGAACAAGGACGAAUUUUAACACGAUCUUUUAUUCUCAUAUUAAUUUUAUGUUCAAUCAUCGCUGGUAUUUACAUUGUUUUUCCGGAUCAAGAUCAUCUUAUAACAGUUGAAAGUCCAUCUGAACAAACUUAUAAGAAUUUAUAUGAAAGAUAUUCCUCUACUUUACAAUGCCCUUGUUCACAAAUUUCUGUUCCUUAUGGAACAUUUCUUAAUCUUACGUUUGUUUUACAUCAAAUCUGUUCGAGUACUUUGGUUUCUUCAACAUGGUUGGAAUAUCUGGCCUUAUUCGAUCCAAAUGAUGUACCAAUGUGGACAAAAACAGAUUUUUCACGUGAUUUCCGCAGUUACGUCGAAACAAACAUUGCCGAUGCACAACAGUUAUUCAAUUCGACACAAUAUAUUAACGAACAUCUACCAUCGCAGACAUUAUUUCGUCGAGAAAAUCAAUAUAUAACAGAUUCAUUUAUUACUAAAACACGUAAUGAUUUCGCACGUAUAUCAAAAUGGGUUCAUGUUGGCAAUGUUGCCAGUCGACUUUUGACAGGUGUAAACAUGAAUUUCCGUGUAAUAUUUCAUAACGAUGGUCAAGUAGAAGCUCAAGAUAUACGCUUCUCUCUCGCUAACACGAUUACACAUCUGUUUUAUACGACAAAAGGAAAAUGUUCAUGUGCUUCUCAAAUCCGAAAUUGUUUUUUGAAAACAAUUAUUUAUUCGAAUGGAACACAAACAUUAAAAUUUUUACAAAUAUUCGAUGAAUUAAAGAUCGGUUGUAUACCUAUAGUUGGCUUUCUUCGAUCAGAAAUCGAUUGGUGGUACAAUUCGACUUAUAUUGAAAAUAUUCGAACUACUUACAAACUCGCCAUUGGCUUUGAACCUUUCCCAAAUAUCCAACCGCUUAACUCAUCAAUAUUAACACGAUUUCGAGGUAUUGAAGUCACUAAAUUAGUUGAUGAGAUGUUCAUUGAACGAAUAAUCAAUGAAAAUGAUCAAUUUGAUCUGUUCUAUAAACAAUGUGCACCAAUUGCUUGUUCAUACAAAAUUGCAAAACGACGCGAUAUGACAGUUGCAUUUCUAUUACUUAUUACUAUUUGUAGUGGACUUAAUCAAGGCCUUCGAUUGAUCAUGCCAUUGGUUGGAAAAUUUAUUUUCUCUUUAAUUAGAAGACAAACGAAUAGAAAUAUGUUCAACUUGCUCGAUUAUGAACGAACUACUCGUAUCGUCCAAAUGAAACAAGUACUAAUGUAUUUGCCUGUACGAAUUGUUCGAGUAAAUCUAUUUCAAUCAGUAUCAAUUAAUCAUACGGCCAACGUAUCCAAACAGAGAAUAUACACUCGUAUCUAUAUUAUUCUACUUAUUGUCAUUUUAAGUCUACUGGUGUUUUUUUCGUCUACGCAUGGUCGUCAUAUUACAAGAACUUAUGUGAAACCAUCGAUUGAAGACUAUGAAUAUUUGUAUGAUUUACAUGAUGGUAAUAUUGACUGUGCUUGUACAAAAAUCUCGAUUCCAUAUCGAUCAUUUGUUACAUUAUUCAAUGUCGCUGCCUUUCAUCAAAUAUGUUCAACUAAUGCUGUUGACCACAGUUUAACUGUAGGCAGAGUACUUGAAUCAGGAGAGUUGCCUAUGAAUAAGAUUGAUUUUCAAACAUGGAGCAAUGCUUUCAUUGAUGGCAUUAAAGAGAUAUGUCAAUUAGCAGAAGAAAGUGUUUUACAUGAUAUUCAAACAUUUCUUACUUCAACUAUGUUGGCAUAUAAUAUAAUACCUCGUAUGGAAUUUAAUACUAAGAUCAACAUCACAUUAAAUCAAAUGAAAUUAACAACAGUAAAAGCAUUUGCUCGAACUCUAGAUCUUCUACGUUCAACCAUACAGGGUAAUGCAUUAAUCGGUUUAUUUACAUCAUCGUGGAAGUUUGUUAAGAUCAAUAAUACGGAAGGAGAUAAUUCAAUGUUUCUCACUGUACCUACCAAUCAAAAUACAACAUGUUNAUUCAAUGUUUAUGUUCAAAAAUUGAAAACUUGGAUUGAUUCAAUUAUGCAACAACAAUAUCAACAGUCUAAUAUUCGAUAUCAUUUAGCGUAUUUUUGGCAAAUUAUCGCUGAUUUUUGUCAUAUAAGUAAUCAAACAUGGAUUGAUGUUAUCAUCAAUUUUGGUCAAUCGUAUAUUCUCAGUCCAAUGGCACUCAAUGAACAAGUUGUUCAAAGUCAAACUAAAAUGGCACUUUAUAAUUCAAUCUCAUUAGCUAAAACUAUUCUUAAACGUGAUUUACUUGUCAUUCAACGAACUACUAUCGAAAAUCAGUUUAUAUCUGGUCUAACAACAAAUUUCUAUUUAGGUUAUUUAUCAAAUAUUUCUCAAUCUAGUCAUGAUCCACAAAUGAUACCAAGAAUAUACAACAAUUGUUCUUGUUUAAAUCGCCAUGGUUGUCCACAUCCACUUGUGAUCAACACGAAUUCUAAUAAUUCAAUUCCUGGAAUGAUUGCUGACUGUUACAUGACUGAUGCAACAUUACGUUCAACACUUGAAUGUUAUUAUAAUUCUACAUGUUUUUCUCAAUUACAUGAACAAUCAAAUGUCGAAGUAGAAUUAUUAUCUAGUAAAGCAAAUAAGUAUUUUUUGACAAAUUCAACAGUACAAAUGUUGAUUGAUGAUAUUAUGAUUGAUGAUUUGAAUAUUAAGAUUUUGUUCGAAUUAUUUUAUCAACAAUGUCGACCAGCUCGAUGUUUUUACAGUUAUACAAAAUACUUCUCACUAAUCGAUAUCAUCACGACCAUUAUUGGUAUGUUUGGUCCAAGUGCAUUUAUACUGAAGUUGCUGAUGCAUUUUAUCGUUAAAUUUCUAUUACGUGAUAAAAGCCAAGAGACCAAUACGAGCGAACGACCGUUAGGAAUGAUAAUACGUCUUUAUCAAUAUCUCGGUAAGUUCCGAUUUACUUAA